UGGCUUCGUUGGGGGUGCGGAGCCGCGGGAGGAGGAGGGAGAAGGAGAAUCUGUGAGUCGCCUAGAGGCAGCGAGGCGGCUGCUGUGAGGAGUUCGGGUGCGGAGCUGCCCGCGGCCCGGCCGCUGAGGGCCGAGGCCGGGGCCUGGGCUGAGAAGGAGAGGCCGGAGCAGCGCCGGGAGCCCGAGGCCAGAGCCAAGAAGGAAUGUGACCAGGGGUCGGCGGGGGCGCGGGAGUACGCGAGCGCAGGGAUGGGGCAGCAGGUGGGCCGCGUCGGGGAGGCUCCGGGGCUCCAGCAGCCUCAGCCCCGCGGGAUCCGGGGCAGCAGUGCAGCCAGGCCCUCUGGCCGCAGGCGGGACCUGGCGGGGCGCGCCACCGAGACCGGCUUCAAUAUCUUCACCCAGCAUGAUCACUUUGCCAGCUGUGUGGAGGAUGGAUUUGAGGGAGACAAGACUGGAGGCGGUAGUCCAGAAGCCUUGCAUCGCCCCUAUGGUUGUGAUGUUGAACCCCAGGCACUGAAUGAAGCUAUCAGAUGGAGCUCCAAGGAGAACUUGCUUGGAGCCACUGAGAGUGACCCUAAUCUCUUUGUUGCACUUUAUGAUUUUGUAGCCAGUGGUGAUAACACACUCAGCAUCACUAAAGGUGAAAAGCUACGAGUCCUUGGUUACAACCAGAAUGGCGAGUGGAGUGAAGUUCGUUCUAAGAAUGGACAGGGUUGGGUGCCAAGCAACUACAUUACUCCAGUGAACAGCCUGGAAAAACAUUCCUGGUACCAUGGACCUGUGUCACGUAGUGCAGCAGAGUAUCUGCUCAGCAGUCUAAUCAAUGGUAGUUUCCUGGUGCGAGAAAGUGAGAGCAGCCCUGGGCAGCUGUCCAUCUCACUCAGGUAUGAGGGACGUGUAUAUCACUACAGGAUCAAUACCACCGCAGAUGGCAAGGUAUAUGUGACUGCUGAGAGUCGCUUUAGCACCUUGGCAGAGCUUGUUCACCAUCACUCCACAGUGGCUGAUGGGCUGGUGACCACAUUACACUACCCAGCACCCAAGUGUAACAAGCCUACAGUCUACGGCGUGUCCCCCAUCCAUGACAAAUGGGAAAUGGAACGAACAGAUAUUACCAUGAAGCACAAACUUGGGGGCGGUCAGUAUGGAGAGGUUUACGUUGGCGUCUGGAAGAAAUACAGCCUUACAGUUGCUGUGAAAACACUGAAGGAAGAUACCAUGGAGGUGGAGGAGUUCCUAAAAGAAGCUGCGGUGAUGAAGGAGAUCAAGCACCCCAAUCUGGUACAACUCCUAGGUGUGUGUACUUUGGAGCCACCAUUUUACAUUGUGACUGAAUAUAUGCCAUAUGGGAAUUUGCUUGAUUAUCUCCGAGAAUGUAACCGAGAAGAGGUGACUGCAGUUGUACUGCUCUACAUGGCCACUCAGAUCUCUUCUGCAAUGGAGUAUUUAGAGAAGAAGAAUUUCAUCCAUAGAGAUCUUGCAGCUCGUAACUGCCUAGUGGGAGAAAACCAUGUGGUAAAAGUGGCUGACUUUGGCUUAAGUAGAUUGAUGACUGGAGACACCUACACUGCUCAUGCUGGAGCCAAAUUUCCUAUUAAGUGGACAGCACCAGAGAGUCUUGCCUACAAUACCUUCUCGAUUAAAUCUGAUGUCUGGGCUUUUGGGGUACUGUUGUGGGAAAUUGCUACAUAUGGAAUGUCACCAUAUCCAGGUAUUGACCUGUCUCAGGUGUAUGAUCUAUUGGAAAAAGGAUAUCGAAUGGAACAACCUGAGGGAUGCCCCCCUAAGGUUUAUGAACUUAUGAGAGCAUGCUGGAAGUGGAGCCCUGCUGAUAGGCCCUCUUUUGCAGAAACACAUCAAGCUUUUGAAACCAUGUUCCAUGAUUCCAGCAUUUCUGAAGAGGUAGCUGAGGAGCUUGGGAGAGCCGCCUCAUCAUCAUCUGUUGUUCCAUACCUUCCCCGAUUACCUAUACUUCCUUCUAAGACUCGGACACUGAAGAAACAGCUGGAGAACAAGGAGAACAUUGAAGGGGUACAAGAUGCCACAGAAAACUCUGCUUCCAGUUCAGCACCAGGGUUCAUAAGAAGUGCACAGCCCUCCAGUGGGUCCCCAGCACUGCCUCGAAAGCAAAGAGACAAGUCACCCAGCAGCCUCUUGGAAGAUGCCAAAGAGACAUGCUUCACCAGGGAUAGGAAGGGAGGCUUCUUCAGCUCCUUCAUGAAAAAGAGAAAUGCUCCCACACCCCCCAAACGCAGCAGCUCCUUCCGAGAAAUGGAGAAUCAGCCCCAUAAGAAAUAUGAACUCACGGGUAACUUCUCAUCUGUUGCUUCUCUACAGCAUGUUGAUGGGUUUUCUUUCACUCCUGCCCAGCAAGAGGCGAAUCUGGUGCCACCCAAGUGCUAUGGGGGGAGCUUUGCACAGAGGAAUCUCUGUAAUGACAACGGUGGUGGGGGUGGAGGCAGUGGCACUGCUGGGGGUGGGUGGUCUGGCAUCACAGGCUUCUUUACACCACGCUUAAUCAAAAAGACACUGGGCUUACGAGCAGGUAAACCCACAGCCAGUGAUGACACUUCCAAGCCUUUUCCAAGGUCAAACUCUACAUCUUCCAUGUCCUCAGGGCUUCCAGAGCAGGAUAGGAUGGCAAUGACUCUUCCCAGGAACUGCCAGAGGUCCAAACUCCAGCUGGAAAGGACAGUAUCCACCUCUUCUCAGCCAGAAGAGAAUGUGGACAGGGCCAAUGACAUGCUUCCAAAAAAAUCAGAGGAAGGUGCUGCUUCCGCUAAGGAAAGACCAAAAGCCAAACUAUUGCCCAGAGGAGCUACAGCUCUUCCUCUCAGAAACCCCUCUGGGGAUCCAGCCAUUGCUGAGAAGGACUCCGCAGGGGUGGGAGUGGCUGGAGUAGCUGCCCCCAAGGGCAAGGAGAGGAAUGGUGGGGCACGACUUGGGAUGGCUGGUGUCCCAGAGGAUGGAGAGCAACCAGGUUGGUCUUCUCCAGCCAAGGUUGCAGCAGUCCUCCCAACCACUCAUAACCACAAAGUGCCAGUCCUUAUCUCACCCACUCUGAAACAUACUCCAGCUGACGUGCAGCUCAUUGGCACAGACUCUCAGGGGAACAAAUUCAAGCUUUUAUCUGAGCAUCAGGUCACAUCCUCUGGAGACAAGGACCGACCCCGACGGGUAAAACCAAAGUGUGCCCCGCCCCCCCCACCAGUGAUGAGACUACUGCAGCAUCCGUCCUCAUGUUCAGACCCUACGGAAGAGCCUGCUGCCCCAGCCGCAGGACAGCCCCCAUCAGAAACACAGGAAGGAGGAAAAAAGGCAGCUGCAGGGGCCGUGCCUCUCAGUGGGAAAGCUGGGAGGCCAGUGAUGCCUCCACCUCAAGUGCCUCUGCCCACAUCUUCCAUCUCGCCAGCCAAAAUGGCCAAUGGCACAGCAGGUACUAAAGUGGCUCUCAGAAAAACCAAACAGGUAGCUGAGAAAAUCUCAGCAGACAAAAUCAGUAAAGAGGCCCUAUUGGAAUGUGCUGACCUACUGUCCAGUGCAAUCACGGAACCUGUACCCAAUAGCCAGCUGGUCGACACUGGACACCAGCUCCUCGACUACUGCUCAGGCUAUGUGGACUGCAUCCCUCAAACUCGCAACAAAUUUGCCUUCCGAGAGGCUGUGAGCAAACUGGAACUCAGCCUGCAGGAGCUACAGGUGUCUUCAGCAGCUGCUGGUGUGCCGGGGGCAAACCCUGUCCUUAAUAACUUAUUGUCAUGUGUACAAGAAAUCAGUGAUGUGGUGCAGAGGUAGCCACUGUUGGCCUAGUGGGGAGAUGCACACAUUUCUGAGGGGAGAGGGAAAGAGAACUUGUUUUCCUGUGUUCUUAUUUUCAAAAAAAUGAAAGAUUGAUACUUGAGUGUGUUUAUGUGAAGUACCUCAGAUCCCUGAGUUCUCACGUUUACAGGUUCAUCUCAAAAAUAACAAAAUGCAGACUACAUAAGCAUAGGAGUGGUGAAUUAGGUGGGGGCAAGGCAGUUGCAGACAGGUGGGAAGCUGUACUGCAAAAAUCAGGGAACAUGUAUGUGUCAUAAAGAAAUGCAGCCCAUCCUUGCCUGGAAUGUGAGGGGCUGGACAGCAGGCCACAGGGGCUGUGCCCAGGCAUUGGAUUGGCACUCAUCCUGCACCGGGUGAAAGAUUAUUGAACGGGACUCUGGUAGGUGUUCAUGAUGACUACCCUCUAGCUUACCUAACGAGUUUGGUGGGAUAGGACAAAGCUGGGAAAGUACCAGGAGAAGUUUUGUUCAUGGAAAUAUACCAAGAGGCAUUUUUAGUCAAGGCAGUUGGAAGAAGCUGUUAGCCUUGCUUCCACAGGGUCAUUGCUGCUGAAAUAACUGCAAAUCAAAUCGCCAGAAUACAAAACUGGGGAAUGAGGCUCUGUUUUCCAGUGGUGUAUUAGUUGGUACAGGAGUAAAGAAUGCUGAGUUUAGCCAGGGAGAUGGCAACCUCCUCCUAAAUCUUACAUUGAUUAUCAGAAGCCACUUCUAGUCUAGUAUAUUAUUUCUCAGUGGGCCAGCAUUAGCUUUCUGCUUGUUGGUGGCUAUUUGUAAACCAUAAGGACAGGGAGGUCUCCUUAGGGGUUCUUUGUCCCUUGCUGAGCAGUCUUUAUUCCUGGCAGCAGUCAGGGCAUUAACCAACAUUGAUUUUUGAAAAUAGGUGUCCCUACAGGUUCUCACUGGGAAAUGAAUCUUUUUCUGAUACAGUGCCCAUGCAUGCUAAUACACUGGCCGAUGACUUGAGCAGCUGUAUAUUUCUUUAUCAACCAGAAUACCAGUGAGAUGGUCUCUUCUUAAAACCCAAUAGUCCUCCUUCUGACUGAGAGAAGCUGGCUGGCUUGGUCCUAAUGGGUGUUUCUCUGAACCUUCCCUCCCUUGUCACCUUAAGCCUCAUCUAGGUAGACAGUAGGGAAAGCAUUCUCUCUCUCUCUGGAUUUAAAGUGAAUUACCCCAAAUCACUAUCACAUGCUUUUCUUCUCACACGUAUUCUCUCUCCCACCACCCCUAUCCAAUCAUUGUGCUUAUUUGUGCAGAUCUUACUGGGAAUGCUCUUUAUUUUGCCAUUUCACCCCUAUUUUAAGAAUGCAUAAUUAGAAGAGUAGGUCAUUUUCAGGGAGCACAGUUAGACCCUAGAAACCUAAUAAUUUAAUCACCAAAUAUGUUUUGCCUUUGAAAAACAGGCCUUUUCCUUCCCUACUCAGUUAUAAUUAUGGAAGCUAACUAAGAUCGUAUGGAAGUGAAUCUAAUGGGUUAGAUAUUAAUGUUCUUGGUAUUAGCUCUAAUUUCAAUUACUGCUUCAUUCUCUUCAUAAAGCUUUGUGAACACUUCCCCCUCCUUUCCUCAGGAGAGCCCACUACAUAUUUUUUCUCUUUAAGGAAUAUUAAUGGGAAUUCAACCUUGAGCAAUGAGUUUUCUUCUUGGCUUUGCCAUCAAUCCAUUCAUAGUCAAGCCACAGUCCCAUUUCUUAAUCUAGUGAAUAAAGGUGAUAAUACAUGUUCUCAAGGGUGUUCUACAAAUAAUUGUAUAGUUAUCCCUAUAAGAGUCUCUCUGGAAAGUUGUUUAGUGCAGUGUUGUUAUGUUGAAGUGUUUUUCAUUCUCUUUUAUGAGUAGCAGAUAUUAAUGAAAUUUAAAACUGCUGAGAUUAUAUUAAUUGAGAUACAGUAAUAAGGGGGAAGCUAUGUUUGAAUAUAUUUUGACAUCUUUGCCCAACGAGGAAAUUGAGUUUUCAUUAGAAAGAAAGGAAACCUUGGUUCUUCAUUGCUGCUCCAGAAGGAGGCCCAGGUUAGGAUUACAGAGAGCAGACAGUACUGGCGUUUUGGCAGGUGGCGGUGUUCCUCCCAAUGUGUUACCUACAGCUGCAGCACAGGAGCUAGUGAUCCAGUUAAUUUCCUUAUAGAGUUUGGAAGAGAACUUAGAUUUAAAAACCAACAGUCCUCCCCCCCCUUUCUUUCCUUCUACCCCCCCCAUACAUGUCCAUUAACUUGAACUUGUUUUAGCAGACAGCCUUUCAAGAGUAGGGAGGGGAAAGCUAAAACUUUAGAAUGUUACUAUGCUGCUUUUAAGUUUACGCUUGUCAUUGUGGGAUGCAAGUUAAGGGAUUAUAUAAUUUCAGGAGUUUUAAUUUAAUUUAAUUUAGUUUUUAAGCAAGGAUUCUAUUUUCCUUGAGAGUUCCAAAAGUAAGUCUUGGAGAAACACUACUGAGUAUAUUUAAGCUCCCUGGUUUUCUCACUGAGUAGCAAUCCUGAGGGUGGGGGUGGGGGCUCUGUCUCACUCAGGGGCAGCACCUAGCUCUGUCUUGCCUGCAGUAGGUGCUCAAUACAUAAAUGGGUUUUUGUUAACACUGUCAAGGGUAGCUUUGACUGUUGUAGCAUACCCCAUCAACAUGAUGCUUGAACUGUGCAACUUCAGGGGGUUGAGGGCUCAGGGUUUAGGUUAAAGAGGCACUGUCAACCUACUAUAAAGUAUAAUUUAGGUUUUUCUUUAUUCUACUUGAAAAGGACCAGCUUAAAAAAACCUCAUGUAAAUUAAAAGGUUUGAAUCCAAAGCAGAGAAAACUAGUUCUAGAAACUAAAAAUGUAGUUUAAAUGUACCUAGUCUAAGAGCAAAGCAAAUAGCAAGAGUCCCUUCCUUGUACAAGGUAUUGGCAAUUUUUCUAAGAUGGUUAAACGAUGUGUGUAUACGUAUAUAUACACAUAUAUGCAUACCUUUGGGCUGCCACAGCUUGAUUCCUUUCAUGUACAGGUAAUAUAUUUUCAGUUUAGACUUCCUACCUUAAAAUGAAGUGUUUUGUGUUGAAUACAUCUAAAGUAUUUUCUUAAAAGGCUUAGUGUAAAGUUAAAAUGUGUAUAUUUUCUUCCAGACUUCCAUCAUGAUUUUCAGAGAUAGAGCCUUAAAAAAAUUGACCCUAAGAAAUUCAUUCCGUGCUUUUCUAGAUGCCCUCUGUACGUAGAGAUCAUUAUAAUAGAGACCCCUUACUAGCAGCAUUUUAGGGUUUCAAGUAGGAAUUUUCUUACAAGUCAAUGAAACAUUGGCUAGUAAAAUAGUGAAAUAUGCCUACUUUGCCAAGGCACAGCCCGUGUUCUAAAGUCAUGGAGCUUUUGAGUUUAAGGGAUGCAAUACAAAUAGUGGUUUAGAGUUCAGGCUAGAAGGCAAGUCAUUUAACCUUCCUGAGCCUCAGUUUCCUAAUAGUAAAACAGGGAUAGUAACUACCUCAGGGUUGUUAAAGGAUUAAAUAGGAUAAUGUUUGUAAGAGACUUAGCACAAGUUGUGCCUGGCACACAGUGAACACUCCAUAAACGUCAACUACCAUUAUUAUUAACACCCAGGCCAGGAAGGUAUGCAGAAUCUUCUAAGUGGGGGAUAAAAAAACUGAUGAAUUAGCCUCACUACAGAUCAGAAUUUCCAAUGGGGUAGGAUCUCAGUCAAUAUAUUUUCUAAGAAUCUCUCCAGGUGUUUGAGACACCUAGCACUAUCUGAAAACUGUCAAUACCCCAACUCCUUUAUAGGUUAAGAAACUAGAGGAGAGAACGGUUAAGUUACUUGCCCAUUAAUCUCAGAACAGUUAAUCAGUGGCAGAGCCAAGGCUAGAAUUUGAGUCUCCUGACUUUAUGGUUGUGGGGCCUCCCGCCAUACCUGCUGCCUUGUGAGACACUGCAAAAACAGUGGCUCAGAUAGACAAUCAGCCCACGUGGUGCUGCACACUUUCUAAAGCACAUGCUCCUGACACUGGCCUGAUGGGGCUUGAGUGUUGAGUAAUGGCAACACGAGCAAAGCAAGCAUUCAGUAGAACUCACUAGUUAAAAUUAUUUGGGGUCAUUCUUUUGGACAGACUUCCAGUCAGUGUGCAACACAACAAUGUGCACUUUGUAGUAAAGAAGUAUCAACUUGAGUGCUUUUUUUAAAACUAGUUAGUUCUGCAUUCCUUUUUCUUAAAAAUAAAAAAUAAAAAACUUUAUUCAGUAUCAUUUUAAUGACUAUGAGAUAAUGUAUAUGAAAGCACUUUGGGAAAGCAUCAAAUGUAACGUAACUCUAAGGUGGUAUUAUUGUCUGUUUAGAAGAUAAAACAAUUGACUAAAUGCUAACUGACCUGGAGAUGUACCUGUGGGGGACCUGAAAAUGCAGAUAUGUAAUUACCUCUGUAAUUUAUCAUAUUUAUAAAUAUGAAACUGCUAAAUGAAUAUGUGCAGAUAUAGCAUGUGUUUUUGCUAAGUUGUAGUUCAGAGCUAAGUAACUUCAGAAAACUAGGGACCAACGUUUUGGUUUAACUUUGAUUUUUAAAAAGUAGUAAUGUGUACUCACUCCAGAAUACAGAAGCUCUUCCAGGGACCUUGGCUCAAAAAGGGUGAAGAGUCUCUUACUUUUGUGCUCCACAUUGUCCAGUACAUGCUCACCCUUUUAAUAACCUAAAUGUGGUGGGAGCAGACGCGUUACCUGUUGCUGUUGACAGUGUCUUUUUUAACCUAUGUCCUGUGUGGUUUCGUUGAUUGGUUUUUUUAUGUGUGUGUUGGGAGGGGAGAGCUAGAUGGCCAUAGAACUAGUGCACUUUGGGAAUUACUUUUCUAUGAUUUCCUGCCAGUUAUAAAUGGCAUUGACAUUUAUCCUUUGUCUUUAUUUGUUUUAGAAAAAGAGUAACUGAUUCACCUAUUGGAUUAUAAAACACUCAAGAGUAAAUUGCAUUGGUGUCCACUUGUGAGUUACACCUGACUUCGCCUACGCCCUUCCAUUUUAGCUACUGAUGUUAUAGUAUCAGGCACUGCCCCUAUAGCAGUUUCUGUUGGGUUGACAGGGUUAUCUGUGGUUUGGUUCUUGAUGAUUUUCGAGUUUCAUUAUCUUGCUUGUAUUAACUUGCUCCACCUGGAUCUGGGUUCAUCUCUGGGCCCUAAGCAUCUGUUAUGACCAGUCCUCUUGAGGUGUGUCUCUAGACUUAAAAUUUCCUUUCAUAUCAUAGAUUCCAGCUGUCUGUAUAUCUCUAUCUUAGCUUCUGUCAGGCCAGUACUUUGGUUCCUUUGUAAAUAUCUGUUUCACUCUGAGAUAUGUGGGAAGGAGAGAACUAGAGGAAGGAAGCGCCAAGCGAGCCUGUAUCUUUCCACAUAGCUGGGAAAGGCAGCCCCAGGGUACUUGUGAUAAGGCGGGGGAAAUGCUGCAAGCCGCUGCCUCUAGUGAGACAGUGGGGGCCUUGGGCUGGUUCUGAAACUUUUCCCACUCUUGGCAGUCAGGAUAUCUGUACUGUUUGGAUACAGUUCCAGUUUUCCAACUACUAGACUUCUAAUGCAAGGCUUGCUUGUUACCUGCUCUGUGGAACACAGCUACAGUUCCCCUGAACUGUACGCCACCUGCUCAGCUCCCACAUCACUGCAGCAGCAUGGGUGGGUUGCGUUCCGGACUGUAGAAUGAGCUGCUCCCUCUCCAGGGCAUUGGCCUGGGUGACUUGCUCAGUUCCAGCCUGCCUUUGCAGAAGGAGUUUCUGCUCAGGGGCUGCUGCUUUUGAUGCUGCCCACAUGAGGUAUAUGUUCUAUAUUGAGUGUGUGCAAGAUGAUACCCUCAUUUCUGACUCAGUAUCCUAGAUCCACAUCACAGGAACUCAGGAAAGGCUUCACCCUGGAUAAACAGCCUAAGAAGAUCUGAUGCCUCUUCCUGGGUGAGGAGAGCUAUGGCCAGUCGUCUACAUUCUAAGCUAACUUGGAGUGGCAGAGGUCAUCCCUGGAGAUGUGUGCCUUCAAAGAUGGGUUUCAUGAAUCUUUCGGAGGAAAAGACAUGUCAGCUGGGUUAAUUCUGCGUGCUCAUUGAAGUAGAACUGGUAGAAAUGAGCUUCAAGGAUGGUAGAGGCUCAAAGCCCUAGUCAGCGAGAAAUCCCCACUUUAAAUCUUUUCCCGACAGCGUGCCAAUUUGGCAGAUUGCUGUACUUUUCUCAGUCUAGAUUGGUGAGCCAGGAGAAGGAAGCUGUCACUGAAUCCUUCCCUCCCGGUAUACUUACUUCUUUGCUCCCAUGUACAGGAGGUGCAGUUAUGAAUCUGAAGUGGUUUACCUUGCCUAGAAAAGUUAUGUCUUUCAACAUCCCCAUUGCUGAGCAACCUGACAGGAGCAAAACCCUGUUAGCGCAGUCAGAGGCAGCAGAUAGCAUUAUGAAUGCGUCUUCAAACCUGCACACCGCUGAAAGGGAAAGGAUAGCUGCUUUAAGUCUAAGGCAAGGCACAGCCGUGUCCUCAAACUACACCGUAUUUGGAGAAUUUUGAUACACGUCCUCUGUGUCUGUUCUGCGAGAUUCUUCGUCUAUCCUUGUAUUCACAGCAGCAGAUUUUGGUUCCACCUUGUGGUCUCUGAGCAUACUACUUAACCCGUUAGCACAUGCUGGAGGCAAACUUACCAAAUGCUAGCAGACUUCAAAAAAUGAAAUGCAGGGAGUGUAUAUACUUGGAACUUGUUUAGAUUUGUUUCUGGGUCUCAAAAUAGUAUUACAUCGUGUAAUUAGGCACCAUAAACAUUAAAGAAUGGAACUGUGGUUAAUAAAAUUUUUAAAUAUAUGGAUAUUUAAUGUUCAAUUAAGGAAUAUACGAGUAUGCCAAAUAAAUUUAUUCUUGUUUUAGAAAACAUUGCAGGACCCUGCAGUGUUUUAAGGUCCUUGGUAGUAAAUCCCAACUGCUGUGGUAGAGUUCAGAAGUAUUGGACCAUGCACGUGUUGUGGGACACAGGAGACAGAGAUGCUUGUGGUAGAUAUGGGUCAGAUAAACCAGCUUUCUUCCAUUUGACAGCCAUUUCUCACUGCCACUUGGAUUCCAUUGUAAGAGGGAUUUUCUGAUAUCUUGAGAAAUCACCUUGGUUAAGCUGAUUAUCCUUCAAGGAACUUAGUAUUCAGAAACUAGAAAGAACAAUGAGGUAUUCAUUUUGUAGUUCUUUAGGGCUUAUAUGUAAAAGUCCUCACCUCUCAGAUCUGUCUAGGGGCUCUACACUGAAGUCCAUAAGCGCACAUACACUGUCGACAUCACGUCCAUUCAGACAGGGGGAGUAAGUGAAAGAGUCAGUUAAACCUUAGCCGAUGGCAAACAGAAGCAGUAGAUGGUUGAUGUGCUGGCCGUGAACACAUACUCAGAACCUCCAUCUCCCUCAUAGACCCUCCACUUUUGCUUCUUUAAAAUCUGAUUCUCUAAUGAGUAUCAAUGGAAAAACUCCAAAUUUUAUGCUCACUUUAGUAAAAAUGUUUGAACAUUUUAGGGUGGUUGACAGAACUUUGUCCUAAACUUGCUGAUUCUUUAAAAGUCGUUUAACAAUUAUACCAAAGGUCACAUGCUGCGUGUGGUACACAGAGGGUGAGGUCUGGAGGUCAGGCACUGCGUGCAUUGCUGAGGGGACGCAGGGAGGCAAUAUGGGAUUUAACUGAAAGUAUGUCAAUCAUGGGUCACACUACUAGUGUUGUCGGGUAUUUGUUCUUAAUGUUAUUGUAAUAUAUUUUCAGUUGUUUUGUUUUUCUAAUUUAAUUCUUUCACUUUGUUGUCUGACUGUGAACUGCUAACAGUGUUAAACUUGAUGUAAAUAAAUGAGGCCCUUGAAAGGGACUGUGCUUUCUCUGCCUGUUGUCUCACAAGGUUUGCCAAGUUGUGUCUUGUUUUAAAUAAAGGUUGCAAUAUUUUAUUGGCAAA